AAAUAUGGAGCAAAGUGUGAAGCUUAAAAAGAGGAAUGAUUAUGUAAGUGGAUUCUCAAUUGGUGAUAGUUUCGAAUUUCAUUUAUUUUUCAGUGAACAUGCUUCCAAUUCUAGAUUUCUUUGGAAACAGGGAGUGGAUGCCAUGUGCCAUCAGUGCCAAAGGAGUGAUAAAGAAAAAGUGGUUAAAUGUAACGAGUGUAAAAAGAAACGAUAUUGUGUGCCGUGCAUCGAGAGAUGGUAUCCUCAGUUGACUGAAGAUUCAGUUGAAAAACUUUGCCCUUUUUGUCGUGGAAACUGCAAUUGCAAAGCAUGUUUACGUAAAAUUAAAGGACUUAAGGAGCUGAGGGAGUUGAAUGUUGAGAUAAGUGAAGCUGAAAAAGUUCAGUACUCUAAGUAUCUGUUACAUUUACUUCUUCCAUUUCUGAAACAAUUUGUUCACGAACAACUAAAGGAAAAGGAGUUUGAUGCAAGGAUUCUUGGUUUAACGCUGAUGGAUUUAGAAAUACCAAAGGCGGUCUGUGAUGUGGAUGAACGUAUGUACUGCGACAACUGCAAAACUUCUAUUGUUGAUUUCCAUCGAAGCUGUCCUAACUGUUCAUAUGACCUCUGCCUUACUUGUUGCCGGGAGAUUCGUGAUGGCUGCCCGCAGGGUGGUAGGGAAGAAGUAGAAGUGGAAUUUUAUGACAGAGGGACUGCAUACUUACAUGGGGACCUUCCUUCUGAGUCUUCAAGCCCAAGGCGGUCUUCAAAUAUGGAGCAUGGAGAUCAUGCAUACUUGCACGGGGACCUUAUUUCCAUGUCUUCAAGGCUGAAGCAGUCUUUAAAGACAGAUCAUGCAGAUCAUAUCCAACCAACCUUAGUGGGUCAUGAAGAUCAUAUCAAAUCAACAUCAAUGGACCAUGAAGACCUUAAUAAACUAAUAUCAGUGGACAGUGAAGGUGAUACCAAACCAAUAUCAGCGUGGAAAGCAAAUGAAAAUGGUAGUAUCCCUUGCCCCCCAAAGGAAAUGGGAGGUUGCGGUUGUGGCCUUCUGGAGCUGAAGCGUAUUUUUGAGGAUAAUUGGGCUACAGAACUGGAAAAAAUAGCGGAGAAAAUAGCAGAGAAAAAUAAAGUUGAUGAUGUGCCUGGAAAUUCUGAACAGGGGUGCUCAUGCUUCAACUCGACUGGCGUGAUUGACGCUGGUAACGAGAAUUUACGGAAGUCUGCUUCUCGAGAAGAUUCCAGUGACAACUAUUUAUACAGUCCAAGAGCUGAAGAUGUCCAAAAGAGGGCCCUAGAGCAUUUCCAGCAGCAUUGGAUCAAGGGAGAGCCAGUGAUUGUCCGCAAUGUGCUUGAACUUACAUCUGGCUUGAGCUGGGAACCUAUGGUUAUGUGGCGUGCAUUUCGUGAGAUCACAAGUGUAAAACGUUCCACCCAUCUGACGGUUACGGCAAUUGAUUGUCUGGAUUGGUGUGAGGCUGAGAUCAACAUUCACAGAUUUUUUAUGGGAUACUCAGAGGGUCGAAGCCACACCAACUUGUGGCCUCAGAUUUUGAAACUGAAAGACUGGCCUCCCUCUGAGUUAUUUGAGAUGCGGUUACCAAGGCAUUGUGCUGAAUUUGUCAGUGCCUUGCCAUUUCAAGAAUACACGCAUCCCAACGAUGGCAUUCUUAAUCUCGCUGUAAAAUUGCCCAAGAAGUCUUUGAAGCCAGAUCUUGGGCCAAAGACAUAUAUUGCUUAUGGAUUUCCUGAAGAGCUAGGCCGUGGAGACUCAGUGACCAAACUUCAUUGUGACAUGUCUGAUGCGGUAAAUGUUUUGACUCAUACUGCUGAUGUAGUGCCGGAUGGUAAGCAGCUUGCAAAGAUAAAAACGUUGAAAGAGAAGCACAGGGAACAAGACCAAAUAGAAAUAUUUGAUGAUGCAAAAAUUAAGGAUGAUGACAAGAUGGAGAGUUAUAACGAAAAAGCUAUACCUCAUGCAGUUACUGGGAUCAAGGUGGAGGGGCCUGAACCAGCAGAGGGCGGUGCCCUUUGGGACAUUUUCCGGAGGGAAGAUGCACCUAAGCUGGAGGCUUAUCUUAGGAAGUACAGUAGGGAGUUCAGACACAUCCUUUGUAAUCCUGUGGAUCAGGUUUCUCAUCCCAUUCAUGAUCAGACUUUCUACCUAACUGCAGGGCAUAAAAGGAAGCUCAAAGAGGAAUUUGGAAUUGAACCUUGGACUUUUGUGCAAAAACUUGGAGAGGCAGUAUUUAUUCCGGUAGGCUGUCCUCAUCAAGUUAGAAAUCUCAAGUCAUGCAUAAAGGUCGCACUUGACUUUGUAUCACCUGAAAAUAUUCUUGAGUGCAACCGCUUGACUGAGGAGUUUCGUUCACUUCCACAUAAUCACAGGGCCAAGGAAGACAAACUGGAGGUAAAGAAGAUGAUGCUAUAUGCGGUAAACCAAGCGGUAAAGUAUUUGGGGCACCAGUCUGGGAGUGAGACUGUUGUGGGGGACCAGGAUCUGCCAGUAGAACUGCAAAUUCCAGAGGCAUCUCAACUUUGUGAAGAUCUUUCAUUGCUUCCUGAAUCUAUCGUUUCGCCAUCUACAAUUGGAACUUCCCCAACUUCCGAACUGGACUGUACUGCUGAAACUUGUGAUACUUGAAGCCAGUCCAACUCUGCAGAUCUUUAAUGAUUCAAAAAUGAAGGGGUUCCUCUUUUUGAACUGUUGUCUGUAUAUAGACACCAAAUAUAUGUAAAGGUCAGACACUAAAUAUACUCUCUCCUUUGGGGAUAUCUAAGUUUCUUUUUGUAGAAUGUCCAGUUUCCAGAUUCUUGUGACUUUUUCUUAGCUGUAGAACAGCAGAUGUAAGGGUUCUUCCUUCCCGUUUUUGUACUGGAAAAUGGAUUAUGGAACUGUAAUGCAUUGAUGUGACUGUACCUAAAAUUAUAGUGAAAAGGAAUAUCAAAAUCAACAUGGCUUGGUUUUUGU